AUGAGAGACAGAAAUAAUAAAGAACCUGAACAUGUUUACAAAGAAAAAUCAAUCUUUGAAUCAGCUGGGAGAAUUUCUCCAGUAUUAUUGUUUCUUUCAGUGGUUUUAAUUAUGGGUCUUUGUAUUUUUGUGAGACUUUUUGCUGUAGUAAGAUAUGAAGCAAUAAUACACGAAUUCGAUCCCCACUUCAAUUAUAGAACUUCGAAAUUUCUCUCAAAACACGGUUUUUAUGCUUUCUGGAAUUGGUUUGACAGCAGAAGUUGGUACCCUUUAGGUAGGAUUAUUGGGCAAACUCUAUUCCCUGGACUUAUGCUUACUGCUGCUCUGAUGAGAUAUAUCGCCCACCAAUUAGGACUGCUUGUAAGUAUUUUGCAUAUUUGUGUUUUUACUGGACCGAUAAUCUCAAGCCUAACUGCGCUUGCUUCCUAUUUGCUCACUUUUCAAGUAACUAAGAGAAACGAAACGGGAAUAAUGGCAGCUCUUUUUACAGGUAUAUCCCCUACAUAUCUAAGCAGGAGUGUUGCAGGAAGUUAUGACAAUGAAGCAGUUGCAAUUUUUGCUCUUGUAUUUAGCUUUGCACUGUAUUUGAGAGCAGUAAAUGAUGGUAGAAUAUUGAGUUCAUUUUUUGCAGCCCUUGCUUACAAUUAUAUGACUAUGAGCUGGGGUGGCUACGUUUUUGUGAUUAAUACAAUCGCAAUAUAUACGUUGGCUCUUGUAUUAUUGAACAGAUUUACAUACAAACAUUUUGUGGUUUAUAUUGUAUUUUACGUUAUUGGAACGAUACUGAACCUCAAUAUUCCGUUUGUUAAUGUAGGUGCUGUAAAAUCCUCAGAACACCUUUCAUCGCACUGCAUGGCGUUUCUUGUAGUAUGCGUUGUGGCAUUGAACUCUUCAAAGCAUAUUCUAAGUACUUCUUCAAGCCAAAUACUUCUAAAAACUAUAUGGAUUUCUUGCUUUUUAGUUUCUAGCUCCGCUUUUUUGGUACUGACAUUAUCUGGAAAGACUAAAUGGGCGGCAAGAAGUAUGACUCUUUUAGACCCUACAUAUGCAUCUAAGCAUGUUCCUAUAAUUGCAUCAGUAUCAGAACACCAAGCAACAACAUGGUCGCAAUAUAUUUUUGACCUUCACAUUACUGCAAUAUUUUUCCCUCUGGGGAUACUUGUUUGUGCGUAUUCAAUUUAUAUUUCCCAAAAAAAAUCACCAAAAAAUUCACCAUUUCAAACAUCUCAUAGUACUUGCAUUCCUGACACUGCAAUUUUUUUGAUUGUAUAUGGAGUUCUUGCUGUUUACUUUUCUUCCGUUAUGAUUAGAUUAAUGCUGGUUUUUGGGCCUGCAGCUUGUUGUCUUUCAGCAGUGGGAUUUUCUUUUAUAUUAUCGAGUUUAAUAGGUAGAAGGCAAACUACAGGAAACGCUCAAGACACUGUAAAUGAGGGAAAUUUUGGUAUCCUCAGGUUGUUCUUUGUAAUUGUAAUGUUCUUACUUUGUGUGAAUUACGUUGUACAUAGCGUCUGGAGUUCUGCUGUGGCAUAUUCUCAUCCAUCAGUAAUAACUUCAAACCGGCUUAGAGACGGAACAAGACUUAUUCAAGAUGAUUUCAGGGAAGCAUAUUAUUGGUUGAGAAAGAAUACUCAUUACAACGCAAGGAUAAUGUCAUGGUGGGACUAUGGAUAUCAAUGCACUGAAUUAGGUGAUCGAACUGUAAUAGUAGAUAACAAUACUUGGAAUAAUACACAUAUUGCUACAGUUGGGCUUGCAUUGGCGUCUCCCGAGGAUGAAGCUUAUGAGAUAAUAAAGAAACUUGAUGUAGACUAUGUUUUUGUUGUUUUUGGAGGAUUCGCAAAAUAUUCUUCAGAUGAUAUUAAUAAGUUCUUAUGGAUGGUAAGAAUUGCCUCCGGAAUUUAUCCACAUAUUCAACAAAACGAUUAUCUUUCAGAUAGUGGGCAUUACACAGUAGGGAGAGAUGCAUCAAAUGCAAUGCUCAAUUCUCUGAUCUACAAACUAUCGUAUUAUAGGUUUUCAGAUCUUCAGAAAGACGGCUUUGAUUUGGUUAGGAAUUAUCACAUAGGAAAGACUCAAUUUUCACUUAAUCAUUUCGAGGAGGCGUAUACAACAGAUAAUUGGGUUGUAAGGAUUUACAAAGUGAAAAAACAAAACAACCGUUCAAUAUAG